AUGUCAUCCCGCCCACAAGUGUCCGUUAUUUCUACUAACGGUGAGCAAAGUUCUACCCAAGUUCCAUUGCCAGCAGUUUUCUCUGCCCCAGUCAGACCUGACAUUGUUCACUCUGUUUUCGUAAGAGUUAACAAGAACAAAAGGCAAGCUUACGCUGUCUCUGAUAAGGCUGGUCACCAAACUUCAGCCGAGUCAUGGGGUACUGGUAGAGCUGUCGCUAGAAUUCCAAGAGUUGGUGGUGGUGGUACCCACCGUUCUGGUCAAGCUGCUUUCGGUAACAUGUGUCGUGGUGGUCGUAUGUUCGCUCCUACUAAAACAUGGAGAAGAUGGCACGUAAAGGUUAACCAAAAUGAGAAGCGUUACGCCACAGCAUCUGCUAUUGCUGCUUCCGCUGUUACUUCUUUAGUUUUGGCUAGAGGUCACAGAGUCGAACAAGUCAAGGAAUUGCCUUUGGUUGUCUCUAACGAUUUUGAAUCCGUUACUAAAACUAAGGAUGCAGUUGCUAUCUUGAAAGCUGCUGGUGCUCAAAAAGAUCUUGUCAAGGUGAUCAAAUCCAAGAAGUUGAGAGCUGGUAAGGGUAAAUUGAGAGGUAGAAGAUUUACUCAAAGAAGAGGUCCAUUAGUUGUCUACGCUAAAGACAAUGGUAUCACAAAGGCUUUGAGAAAUAUCCCAGGUGUCGAAACAUCUGAUGUCAAACACUUAGGCUUGUUACAAUUGGCUCCAGGUGCUCACUUAGGUAGAUUUGUCAUUUGGACUCAAGGUGCUUUUGAAUCUUUGGAUUCUGUUUACGGAUCUGAAUCGACCAAGUCGGUCAAGAGUAACUACUCUUUGCCAUCGAACAUUAUUUCUAACACCGAUGUCACUAGGUUGAUCAACUCUGCUGAAGUACAAGCCGUUGUUAGACCAGCUGGUCAACCAAGCCAAAAGAAAACUCACGUUUUGAAGAAAAACCCAUUGAAGAACAAGCAAGUCUUAUUAAGAUUGAACCCUUAUGCCAAGGCUUUCUCCGAUGAAAAAUUGGGUGCUCCAAAGGCUGAAAAGUCCAAGGCAAAGCCAUCUAAGGGUCAAUUCGCUAAAGUCUUAAAAAAUUAA